AUGUUCCACGGAGACGGAAAAGGUUUGAAACCAUUUUUCAAUCAUGGCAAAAUUUACGAAUAUUUCUACAAUGCGUUUCAUUUACUUUGGAAUGGAGGCAUGGAGAAAGGUGUCCGGGAAGUUUUGGGUCCAGAGACUCAGGAUUACGAAUUAUGGAUCACAGGAUUGUCUCUUGGCGGAGCCCUUGCCACCGUAACCUCAUCAUACAUUGCUCAUCUCGACCUAUUCCCUCCGUCCCGUAUAAAACUAAUCACUUUCGGACAACCAAGAGUCUCGGAUUACGAUCAUUCCGCGUGGAGAGAAUCAAUAUUUCCAUAUUCCUUCCGAGUCAUAAAUGGGCGGGACCCAAUCCCUCAUCUUCCACCAAAAAUUGGUCCAUUCGCACUUUUUCACGAUGGAACUGAAAUUUGGUAUCCCGCGGAAAUGUGGAAAUUAUCCAACUACAAAAUGUGUGCUGAAGCGGAUGGGGAUUACUGUAGCAACUCGGUCUUAUUGUACAAUAUAAUGGACCACAUCUUUUAUUUCGAAAUUGAUGUUGGGGAAUGGGGGAAGUUGGAGUGUAAAUGA